GGCGGCAACUUCACCGUCGUGGACUCUCCUGUCGGAUGACUCGCAUCAGAUUUGGAUGCUUAUCAAGCGCCCAGUGUGCGUUCGCGUCGUGUUACAAGCGACAGCUGCGGCCGCGGCUUGCUUGCUUGGGUUUGCGGGGCACCUGCUCCGCGUCGACUGCCGCCGUGGAGGAAAGAAUUGAGACAAGGACGCGUCGCUCGGUGGUCCUCGCCGGUGCUGCUGGAGGAAGAAAGAUGUCGUUGGCGAGGAGCAUCUGCGUGAAAUCUGCUUCGGCUUUCAAGUGAGGACAAAAACAAGCAACAGGCUGAGGAGACAAAAGCCACAAAACAAUCCCGCCACCGCUACAUUCACACACAGUCUUUCCUGGUGUGGGCGGCCAAUGCCGGACCUGUGGCGGGCGCCCGCCUGCCGUCGCAGCAGUCGUGGCAGCGUGGCCGGCAGCACCGCCUAGCCAUGCCGUCGUCUACGCGCAAAGGGGCGCCCAAGGACCCCGAGCUCGCUGAGCUCUUCUUCAAAGAUGACCCCGAGGACGUGUUCUGCGACCUGCACGAGAUCGGGCAUGGCAGCUUCGGGGCCGUCUACUUUGCCCGCAACUCGUAUUCCAACGAGGUGGUGGCCAUCAAGAAGAUGUCCUACAAUGGCAAGCAGACCACUGAAAAGUGGCAGGACAUCAUCAAGGAGGUGAAAUUUUUGGGGCAGCUGAGGCACCCCAACACCAUCGAAUACAAAGGAUGCUACCUGAAAGACAACACCGCCUGGCUGGUGAUGGAGUAUUGCCUGGGCUCCGCCUCCGAUUUACUCGAAGUUCACAAGAAACCACUGCAAGAGGUGGAAAUCGCCGCCAUUACCCACGGUGCCUUGCUGGGACUGGCUUACUUACAUUCCCACAACAUGAUUCACAGAGACGUGAAGGCGGGGAACAUCCUGCUGACGGAGCCCGGCCAGGUCAAGUUGGCCGACUUUGGCUCCGCCUCCAUCGCCUCGCCCGCCAACUCCUUCGUGGGGACGCCCUACUGGAUGGCCCCCGAAGUGAUCCUGGCCAUGGACGAGGGCCAGUACGAAGGAAAAGUGGACAUCUGGUCGUUGGGGAUCACCUGCAUCGAAUUAGCCGAACGCAAGCCGCCAUUGUUCAACAUGAACGCCAUGAGUGCCUUAUAUCACAUCGCGCAGAACGACUCGCCCACCCUGCAGGCCAACGAGUGGUCUGACCCUUUCCGGAGCUUUGUGGACUACUGCCUACUGAAAAUUCCUCAGGACAGACCCUCAUCGGGGGAGCUGCUGCGACACGACUUUGUGCGCCGGGAGCGGCCGGCGAGGAUCCUGCUCGACCUGAUCCAGAGGACCAAAGAUGCCGUGCGCGAGCUGGACAACCUGCAGUACCGCAAGAUGAAGAAAAUCCUCUACCAGGAGAAGCACAACGGGCCCAUGGGGGAGAGCCAGGAGGAUGAGGAGGACAGUGAGGCGGCGAGCUGCAAGAUGAACAGUCUGGGCAGCAGUCACUCCAUACCCAGCACGUCGGUCAGCACGGGCAGCCAGAGCAGCAGCGUCAACAGCCUGCAGGAGGUUCUGGACGACAUUAGCGUGAUGCACCCGCACGACUAUGGGAGCACCCUGGACUCCUCCGUGCACACUGAAAAGGAGCAACAGUACACCUGGGACGAGGGCAUUCACCCCAAGAGCAGCCAGGCCCAAAACUACAAGAACCAGGCCCGCUUUGCGACCAUCAAGUCUGCAUCCUUGGUGACCAAGCAGAUCCACGAGCACGAGCAGGACAACGAGCUGCGCGAGCAGAUGUCGGGCUACAAGCGCAUGCGGAGGCAACACCAGAAGCAGCUGAUCGCCCUGGAGAACAAACUCAAGGCCGAGAUGGACGAGCACCGCCUCAGGCUGCACAAGGAGGUGGAGACGCAGGCCAACAACGCCUACGCCGAGCUGGAGAAGCUGGCCAAGAGGCACGCCGCGCACGCCGACAAGGAGGCGAAGGCGUCGCUGGCCGAGGAGAAGAAGUUCCAGCAGCAGAUGGUGGCGCAGCAGAAAAAGGAGCUCAGCACAUUCCUGGACACGCAGAAGAAACAAUACAAACUCUGCAAGGAGAAGAUCAAGGAGGAGAUGAGCGAGGACGCGAGCACGCCGAAGAAGGAGAAGCAGGAGCGUCUGUCCAAACACAAGGAGAACAUGCAGCACUCGCAGGCCGAGGAGGAGGCCGACCUGCUGGCCCGCCAGCGCCUGCGGCUGGAGCGCCACGCGCGGGCCUUCAAGCGAAGCGCCCUGCUCGCCCGCCACCGCCUGGAGCAGGAGCACAUACGAGAGGAGCUGAACAAGAAGAAGAGCCAGAAGGAGCUGGAGCACGCCACGCUCAUCCGCCACGACGAGUCCACGCAGGAGCUGGAGGGCCGGCAGCUGCGCAGCCUGCAGAAGCUGCGCGAGGACCUGAUCCGCCUGCAGCACCAGACGGAGCUCGACAACCAGAUGGAGUACAACAGCCGACGCCAGAGGGAGCUCCACCGUAAACACGUCAUGCAGCUGCGGCAGCAGCCCAAGAACAUCAAGUCGCUGGAGCUGGCCAUCAAGAAGCAGUUCCAGGACACGUGCAAGGUGCAAAGCAAGCAAUACAAGGCGCUGCGCCACCACCAGUUGGAGGUGACGCCCAAGGGCGAGCACAAGAGCGUCCUCAAGGCGCUCAAGGACGAGCACACGCGCAAGCUGGCCGUCCUGGCCGAGCGCUACGAGCACAGCAUCAACCACAUGAUGGCCUCGCAGGCGCUGCGCCUGGACGAGUCCCAGGAGGCGGAGUGCCAGGCGCUUCGGCAGCAGCUGCAACAGGAGCUGGAGCUGCUCAACGCCUACCAGAGCAAAAUCAAGAUGCAGACGGACGCGCAGCACGAGCGCGAGCGACACAAGCUCGAGCAGAAAGUCUCGCUCCGACGAGCCCAUCUCGAGCAAAAGAUGGAGGAGGAGUUGCUGUCGGUGCAGAAGGAUCGCACGGAGCGCAUCAAGCAUCUGCUGGAGCGCGAGGAACGCGAGCUGGACGCCUUUGACGCGGAGAGCGCGCGGCUGGGCUUCGCCAACUUGGCCGCGGCGCUCGACUGGGCCAAGGAUGACUACAGAUGAGGGGCUGGCGCACGCCCCUCCCCCUCCCACCCCCCCUUCCCUUCCUCAUCUUCAGACAGCCAAUCCGCGGGAGCCUUUGCCUCCGCAAUGGCAGCCGCUGUGAAGAACAAGAAGAAGACGACGAUGAAAAAUCGUCAUCGUUAGGUGACGAGUGGAUUCCAGCACAAAAGGGCUCUCGCUAGCACGCGCCGACUUUGCACCCAAGGAUUUGACGGGGAGCUUUUACUUAUUUUCAUAUAUUGUAUUUUAAAUGCGAUUUCACUGGGGGGGAAAAAAAACACACACAUUUUCCCUUCUCCGAUUCAAGUGUUCCGAUUUUCUUCUUCCGACGACGAUGAGGAUGAUUGCAUGCACUUUAAUCACGGCCAGCAACCGACCGCGCUCGGCCCAACGGGAAGCGAAGCGCGGAGGUGUUGACACGCUUUCAAUUAUAUUUGUAAAUAAAGUGCUCAUGACGCAACA